AUGAGCAUCACUUGUGUCGCUAAUGUCGUCGAGGGCGUUGACGAAGAGGGCAAGACAACCUUGAACCCUCACCAACGCGACCAAUGGGAGUUUGCAGCUCAUGUCUCGCGCAAGUCUCAGGCAUACGAGCCUCUGUUGCUUGAGAAUGAGCGCGAAGCGGUUGCUGACCUCCUCCAAUACCUCGAGAACCGAACAACAACCAAUUUCUUCACCGGGUCACCUCUCUCAGCGCUGACGACGUUGUCGUUCUCGGACAACAUUGACCUUCAGCGAAGUGCAGCAUUGGCAUUUGCAGAAAUUACAGAAAAGGAGGUUCGACCGGUUGGGAGGGACACUCUGGAUCCGCUGCUCUUCCUCCUGAGCAGCCAUGAUACCGAUGUUCAACGAGCGGCCUCUGCGGCCCUGGGCAAUCUUGCAGUCAAUGUUGAAAACAAGCUCCUGAUUGUCAAGCUGGGCGGACUUGAGCCCCUCAUUCGGCAGAUGCUUAGCCCAAAUAUUGAAGUCCAAUGCAAUGCGGUCGGGUGUGUCACUAAUUUGGCCACACAUGACGAAAACAAGACCAAGAUUGCGAGGUCAGGCGCAUUGGUUCCACUUACACGGCUUGCUCGGUCAAAGGAUAUGCGGGUUCAGCGCAACGCCACGGGCGCUCUCUUGAACAUGACACAUUCAGACGAGAACAGGCAACAGCUCGUUAGCGCAGGGGCCGUCCCAGUACUAGUCAAUCUUCUCACUAGCCCAGAUACCGACGUGCAGUAUUACUGCACCACUGCCCUGAGCAACAUUGCCGUCGAUGCCUAUAACCGUCGCAAGCUGGCAGCCACGGAACCAAAGUUGGUUCACAGUCUCGUUGUGUUGAUGGAUAGUCCGAGUCUCAAGGUUCAAUGUCAAGCAGCUCUAGCGCUUCGAAACUUAGCUAGCGACGACAAGUAUCAAAUUGACAUUGUCAAAGCUGGUGGUUUGACACCCUUGCUUCGUCUCUUAUGCUCCACCUAUCUUCCUCUUAUCCUUUCCGCCGCUGCCUGCGUCCGAAACGUCUCCAUUCACCCUCAAAACGAGUCGCCAAUCAUCGAAGCUGGCUUCUUGAAUCCACUUGUCGACUUGCUUUCCUUUGAAGAAAACGAAGAGGUUCAAUGCCACGCUAUCUCGACAUUGCGCAACCUCGCAGCGUCGUCAGAGAAGAACAAGCUCCAGAUCGUUCAGGCUGGCGCCGUCCAAAAGAUCAAAGAUUUGGUUAUGCACGUUCCCAUGAAUGUACAAAGCGAAAUGACUGCCUGCGUUGCAGUCCUGGCCCUCAGUGAGGAUUUGAAGCCCCAACUGCUAGAGAUGGGGAUCUGCAAUGUUCUUAUCCCCCUCACAAACUCAUCCAGCAUUGAAGUGCAAGGAAACAGCGCCGCGGCGUUGGGCAAUCUGACCUCGAAAGAUAUGCAUGUUAGUGACGAGGAUUAUACGCCUUUCAACGACGUCUGGGACAAGCCCGAAGGCGGCAUGCACGCUUAUUUGCACCGCUUCCUCACGAGCUCAGACUUGACCUUCCAGCACAUCGCGGUAUGGACAAUAGUGCAACUUCUGGAAUCACGAGACCCAGAGCUCACACGUAAAAUCCGCGAAUCAAAUCUUCUUCUGCCGAGCAUACAAGAGCUUUCGGUGUCUCAGCCCUCUUCACCAAACACCUAUAGCCGGACGCAGAGUGACUCUGUUUCGGAAGACGGUGACGGAAACGGCCAAGAAGAGAUUACACUUCUCGCCAAAAAGAUUAUCCAAUACGUUAAUGGAGAGUUUGAUUCGGAUGCGGAGAUGCCGGAAAACUCGGUCCCCGUGGGCAGCAUGAGCGGCCAUGGACGGACCACGUCGAGACAUGCAGAGAGCGCGGCUUCGUCUGUGAACAGACGGACAGCGACACACCUACCUGGGGAACGGGACGCAGAGCUCCGUAGGAGUGUUAGAGAUGCGUUGGCAUCAUCGGAUGAUGAUGUGUAA